AUGGGAGAGUAUCUUCUACUUAUACAAAAAUGGAUAUUAAUAAUAGCAUUAGCAUAAAUAACGCUUCAAGAUAAUAAAAAAAUUUCACUCCUGAAGAAAUACAAUAAUCUUAGAAAAGCAGUAUUGAAUUUAAGUAAUUAAUAUAAGAACUUAUUAAGGUUAUUUGCGAAUUUGAAAUAAUAUCUGCAGAUGAAACAGAUCCUGUUUUAGAAAGUUACCUAUAUAAUAUGUUUGCUUAAAAGAAUUAAUUAUAAAACUAGCUGUAAUUAAUAAAUAGCAAUGAAUAGCUAAUAUCAAAUACACAAGCUUUAAUAAAUAUAGUAAAAAUAUUAAUUAAAUAACAGCAUUUUAUUUCAUCAUAUCCAUUUCAUAAAGCAAAAUUUGAUUAAAUAAUAUAAAAAUGCGAAAAAAACAUAAACAAUUCCUGUAAAAUUUGAUAUUAAAAACAUCAAUCAGAUCCAAAUAAACUAACUAACUAGCUAAAUUAAUUAUAUAUAUUAAAUGUAAAUUAAUUAUAAUGUAUAUUACUUAUUAUAAUAUUAAUUCAUAAAAAAUACCAAUAUAACCUUACUGUUACUAUUAAAAAAAAAAAAAAAAAAAAAUUUCAUAUUAAUAAUUAAUUAUUUAAUAGUAGUAUUGUGA